AUGGCUGGGGAAGUUCGACAUGGUGCUAAAAAGUUUACACGUAUACCAGCUAAGUAUGUUUUUCUAUUUUGCUUAGAAUGAACCCUUUUUAAAAGCAUAUAUUAUAAAUAUUAUCGCCCCACUAGAAGGAAUCGAACUUUCUGUGCGAUGGAAGAAUAGAAUCUGUACACCCACGUUCAGACGCGCUUUGUUUACAUUCCCAUAUGAAAGCGUUGUGCGUCGGAUAUGUGUUCAAAAUAAACUACUUUUGUGCACAAGCUAGAGCACAAUUUUUCAAUUCAGUUAUGCCUGGUGCACAUAUUAUAAUUGCCCAACUGAACAUUAAACAGUUUGUUGUUUACGAGAAAUUUCACCUAGAAUUACCGUACUUUCGUUUUCGAUUUGGAGAGAUCCUUAAAGUAAAACUGGCAAGAAAUGGUUUUUGUGGGACUCUGAAUCUCAAAAUUUUCCUGGAAGAGGACCCCCAUGCCCACUUGCCAAUUCUGCUGGUACUGUAAACCUCUGAAUACAGUGUAAGGCUGUAAGCCCUUAUAUUUUUUUGAUAGGCUCAUACAUGGGGGCUUGUGCGGCCGACGCGUUUGAUAUUUGAUAACCAACGCCGUGGCAACUACACUGUGAUCGGGGCUUAUAUUUGGAAUGGUCUGAGCAUUGGUGAAUAUGGUGGACUUAUAAGCAGGGAGGGGGCUUAUAAACAGGAAGGAGGCUUAUAUUUGGAUGUUUACGGUAUUGUCAUAAGGCCCAUUUACGCUGGCAUAUGAAAACGACUGUUGACACCAUUAUGUGACAUCUUUACACACAUGGAAUACACAUAUAUGCCAGGACAAGAAUCACAUACAAAUAGUUGCAAUGUGUAAGUGGGCCUAUAUAGAUAUUAAGUGCCAGUGUAGUAGGCAAAUUCCAAUUAUAUAAACCAUUCAACAAUGAGAUUUUCCCCAGGGGAAUGUUAAUUUUAACUUUGAGAAAUGACAGACAAAUGUAAACAAGGCAAUUAAGAGAUCUGUGGGAGUGAGUAGGGUUGCAGAAAUCUGUAAAAAUAUCUCCCAUGUAAACCCAGUAUGGAAUGAAGGUGGUGUGCACGGCACAUGUGCCAUGCACAACGUUGCUCCGGCUAAUAUAUUUACUAGUAUUUUGGUGCACAUUUUGUCAAAUGUGCGGUGCACAAAAAAUUGUCAUUCCAUACAGGAUGUAAACUGAAGCGCUGGAUAGAAUUUGGCGAGAAAGUUAAUUUAUUUAAUAAACUGCUCCAAUUGAGUUCUUAUCCAGCUGGAUAGUAGCAAAAUCGUACUAUCCGAUAUUCAGCCGAAUAAUUACUAUUAUCCAGAUGAUUUGUUUUUCCUCAAGUGUACUAAAUUUCCAUUAAUUGAAACAUAAAAAUAAUACAUACAGUGUAUAUCUUAUUGGAUUCUUCUGAGCCCAAGAUGGCAAAAUAUCUUUCUCCUCUGCAGAGGUGAUUGGAAUAGGCUUACACGAAUCUUACAUGAAGUUUCGGAAUCUUACAUGAAGUUUCGUGCAUGCUUACAUGAAGUUUCCUGGGGGGAGGGAGGCACGUGGGGAGCGACAGGAAGGCGGAAGAAAGAAGAAAAGGCAUGUAAGAUUCAUUAUGUAAGCCUAUUCCAUUCAUGUAAGCCUAGGUAUUCCAAUUGCCUCUGCGGAGGAGAGAGGCAAAAUAUUAGGUCGAGACUUCAAUAUUGGGCGAGACCGAAGGUCGAGCCUAAUAAUAAUAUUGAAGUUGAGACUUAAUAUUUUGCCAUACUGGGCGAAGAUGAAUCCAAUAAGAGUUUUAUAUUAUAUCAACCAAAACAAUUUUAUAACAAAAAAUUGUCAAUAUUUAAAUACUUGUUUUUACAAAUAUAUGUGCAUAAAUAUACUCAAUUCCGUGUAUGUUUAAAGGAAAUUUGAACUAAUUUCAAUGAAAAAAAUAAAUUACUAACCCAGAGGCUGUUGCAAACAAAUUAAUUUUGCGAAGACAAGUUUUCCCGCGCUUUUAUAAUUUUGAACAAAACUGGUAGAAAAAACUGUAUUGAUGUCCUGAAUUAUUUUCAUUGCUCUGCCAUAUCGCUUGUCCGGAGACAAGAGAUAGAGAUCAAUACAAGAAAUGGAUUUAUUUACUGUUUAAAUAUUGGUGAGUGGUUUUAAACAAAGUUGUACACAGCCCAUUGUACUUAUCCACCAGAUCAACACCUAGGUUAGCAUAUGUAACAAGACAAAACAAGGAAAAAUUCAUAUAUAUAUAUAUAUAUAUAUAUAUAUAUAUAUAUAUAUAUAUAUAUAUAUAUAUAUAUAUAUAUAUAUAUAUAUAUAUAUAUAUAUAUAUAUUACCCUUGAGAAACACCAAAUAAAAUCUUCCCAUAAAUAUGUGGUAACGUUUGUUUCGUAAUGCACUGGGUAAUUAUAAACAGGUGACAUUAUGAUAUGGUAUUAAUUUAACUUUAGAUGGAAGGAUUAUAGUGUCUGUGGAAAGGUUAUAGCUGGUGAGAGGUUGAUCUCAUUCAAAACUCCAUUAUCAGAGGUUUGUUGUACAAAUAAUGGUUUAUCAUUAGGGGGAAGUUUAGUUUUGACUACGAGUAUGACAACGAGUACGAGACCAACAACAAACCAACGAAAUUUGUACUCAACAGCAUGUUCACUUGACUACAACUUGCCAAAGUCAGCACAGAGUUGCUAUACUUUUGGCAGGAAAAAUUUCGUACUCGUUGUCAUACUCAUUGACAUUGGAUUACAGGCUAGUGUUUGGCUAGGCAGGAUAUAUGUGUUUCAUGUUCAGUGCUACUAAUAAACAUAAGAGGCAAGGUGCGAUGUUCACCUGAAUUUUCGUGGAAACAAGGGAAUUGGGGGAUGAUUGUGAACCCACACAAUCUUUGCAAGCAAAUGAAUUUGUCUGUCUCCAUACAGAUGUUUUACACUUGUAUUUACUGUACAACAUAAUAAAAUAAACUUGUGCAUGUGGCGAAAAAAUAUCAGUGGCCAACUAACCAUUUACCAUUAUGGUCAAGUAAUGGGAAGCUGAAGCCUGUCUGCCCAACUUUGAGAAAAGGGGCAGCUACUGUACUUGUAAGCCCCUCCAAAGAUUAGGACUACGGAUCUUAGUCCAUAUGUAAUAAUAAUCAUAAUUUGAAUAACAAUUUUCAACAAAUAUUUUUAGGAAUAUCAUUGCCAUGGAAACGAACGUAAUCCAGAAGAUUGCUUACAAAAAGAAGAACAGUAAGUAUAUAGCUUUGCUUGCAUUUUGUCUGUUUCUUAGGUUUUUGCAAAAUGUCUGACCGUUAAAUAGCAAAAUGUCUUGCAAAAUGUCUGUCUGUUUGAAAUGUAAUUUUGGUGUUUUCAAAGCUGUAAUAAUAUAUAGCUGUAUUAAUUUAAUCAUCCCGGUUAACCGGGCCUGCCCGCCUCCAUACGAACAGUCCCUUUGUUGUUUAGCUGUUUAUUUUUAGAAGACAGUAUACUGUAAGGUACAGUUAGUGUAUAUAGUAGACUUGUAACAGAAACUUUUGGGAAUUUCCAACUCCAUGAAGGAUAAGUCUGAAAUCUACUUUUUAUAAUAAAUUUGGAUAUGGGACAAAAAUGUACUUCCAUUGUGAAACCUAACUGCUUUUUAAUAUUCUGUAGAUUUACACCAAACGAUCUUUGUAACAUUUUUCGGAAGAGAGGUCACAUUUUGGGGCUAGUUGUGGAUUUUACCAACACCAAACGGUAUUAUCAGGCACAGGUAGAGUUCAAUUCUCAAGAUAUA